AUGGAGGGCAGCCUGGAGCAGCCUGGCCCAGAAAGGGGACCUGGGGACAGCCAGGCCCUCGCUGAGCUCCAGGAGCUGGCCCUGAAAUGGUUCAUGGAGACACAGGCCCCUUCCAUCCUGCAGAACGGGACACUGCCCCCUUGGUUUCAUGGAUUCGUCACCCGCAAGCAGACAGAGCAACUGCUGUGUGACAAAGCUCUUGGGUCCUUCCUCAUUCGCCUCAGUGACCGGGCUGCCGGCUACAUCCUGUCCUACAGGGGUAGCGAUCGCUGCAGGCAUUUUAUCAUCAACCAACUCAGAAACCGUCGCUACCUGGUCGCUGGGGACACCCUGAGCCAUGGCACCCUGGCUGAGCUGGUGCGCCAUUACCAGGAAGUGCAGCUGGAGCCCUUUGGGGAGACACUGGCAGCUGCCUGCCCCCGGCCAGAGGACCACGAUCUAUAUGAUGCUAUCACCCUGGGCAUCCACCAGACCAACCUGGGCCUUGACAACCAGCCAGCAGCAACAUCCCCCACCAUGGUACCUGACAAGGCUGCCAGCUCCCAUGUCCCUGGGAAGGCCCGGGGCUCCUUCCUACACACAAACAAGAUCCUAGACAUAGGUCCCUGGGACCUGGCCAAAGAGGACAGCACUGAGGCCCACAGCAGGAUGCCCCUCCUCCCUGAGAGGAGUGCCACCCUCCUGGAUAAGUCUUCUGCCAGCCCCAGUGACCUCAUCUAUGCAGACCUGAGGAAGACAAGUCAGCCACGUGUGGGCCUGGAGCCAGCCAUGUCCAGCCAGACCUGUCCCCGGGGCAGGGAGGCCCUGAAGAGACUCUUGGAUGGAGCUCAGGACAGACCUGAUGACCUGGGGCCUGCCCUCUCAGGGCUGAACCUUGACCAGGGCCCUAAAACACCUCCCAUCUCCCGGGGGCCACUCCUACCUCCCAGCUCUGAAACCCAGGGAUCCUGGGCUACUACAAGGAGGCAGGAGUUUCUACAACUGAGUCAUGAGGCUCUGCUCUGCUCCCAGGGCAGCUUCACUGUUGCCUCAAAUCUCACUGGGAUGAGAGUUCUCCUGCAGGAGGCCCACAGUACAGAUGACCAGGAGGAUAGGACCUACGAGCAGAUCCCGGCCUGCCAAGGCGGCCCAGCUAGGCUUCCACUUCCGGGGGCCAGUCCUGUGUACAGCACACUGUCGGAGCCCAUGAACAAUGGCUACAAGAGGAUCUCAGGGCUCCCAGAGCCAGGCAACCCCUACGAGCAAAUCCCAGCAGCCAGGAGCAAGGAGCCUGAACGGACACAUAAGCCUGACAAGCUCCGGAGGCUCUUCUUUGCAGACAAGAAGCACAGAUUCUGAAGAGGGCUUGGCCUCAGGGAUCUCUGGCCCUUACGCUAUGCUUGGGUCAUCUAAGCCCUUCACUCACUUGAAGGUACCCUGGAAUCCUCAACCCAACAAACCAUGUGGACCAAGCUCAAAGAUGCAACGUGGGUUCCUGCCUGGAGAGACCUCUCCAACCUGUGUGCCUACGUGUCCUGCUCCCUGGUGUCUCCCAAGCAUACAGAGGACAGAAAAGGCUGAAGAGAGGGACUAUACUGGGGUCAGCAUACUACUUUCCAGAAGACGUGUCAAGACUGGGGAUGGGAGCUCACUGAGGAGUGCCAGGCCUGGGCUGGGACAGACGCCUUCCUAAUGGACAAAGGACAUUGUGCAGUUUCCUGGCUCAGGAUCCAGAAAGGAAGAUGGGCAAGAGCUGCAUCCUUUCUUCUGUCCCAUAGAAGGGACACAGCAGCAAGGCCUGGCCUUGAAGCUACAGCUUGAUCUCAGAACAGCCCAGGGGCCUACCACCCACUCACAAGCUCCUCCUGGCUUCCCUCCUCCCAGCCUGAGACACAGCUGGACAAAUCCAGAUGCUCCUAGCCCAAGCCCUUCAUGCUAUAGAUAGAGAAACCAUACCCCUUGGUGCAGGUGCACUGGUUUGGGACCAUACUGCUAAGCAAAAGCCCUCUAGAAAGGUUCCUCAUUCCAGGGCUAGUCGGGAACAUAGCAGUGGUGCCAUCUGCAGCCUUCCAGAGAAUGCUGGGUACCAUCCUUGUGUGGUCAGGCCACCUGGGUCAGCCCUCUGCCUCUAGCCAGUCUGACCAGGAGCCUAGCCCCACCUGGUAGCUUUGUUCCAGGGAGCUGAGGACUCCUGCCGGGCAAAGCUCUAGACAAGGCUCAGUUUUCCUGCUCCCACCACUCUCUCAGGCCAUGCUGGCU